GCGAAGUGCUACCACUGCAGCGCCCCCAAUCCUGGGCACCCAGGGUUCAGCGGAGGCCCAGGGCCUGGGCGCCGCGGCACCCCGCGCGGGGCAUGGGCCUGGGGCCCAGGCAAGGCCGCCGCGCCGCCUUGGCGUGACGGCCCGUCGCAGCCGCGUGGGCCAGGCGGUGGUCGCCAGCCCGCCGCCCCGCCGGCGGCGGCCGUGCUCGACGACCAGCAGCUGGAGCGCUGGGUUGCCAUGGAGGACGAGAAGUUCGCGCAGCUCGCGUCCGUUCUGGGCCAGUCCUUGCGCGACAGGAUCGUGCAUCGGCGCCGCCUUCGCGCCGCUGGCAUGGAAGAUCCCCGCGGCAAGGACCUGCCGCAGCCCGUGGUCAAGGCCCAGCGCGUGGCCCUCCAGGCGACCCAGCGCCUCGAGCGGGCGCGUCAGGCUGCUCAAGAGGCUGCAGAGGAGCUCGAAGCGGCCGAGGCGCAGCUCGUCGCGGCUCGCGGCGACCUGGAGCAAGCCAAGCAGGACGCCGCAGAUACCGCAGCUGGUGACCAGGCGGGACCUCCCGUUUCGGCGUCGACGUGGGACGACUUCGGGAAGCUGGCAGGCCUCGUCAACCAGCUCGCGGCCACCUGCGAGGACCAGUUGGCCCAGCUGGCGGCGGGCAACAAGCCGUCCGACACGGGGCACGCCGUGGCGCAGCAGAACAAGGAAGCUUUGCAGAAGCUCACCGCUGCUCUGCCCGCUGCGCCCCCUGCGCAGGCCAGCCCCCCGCGGCCGCUGAUGGAGGGCAGCCUGGGGGCCUGCCAGCUGACGUCGCCAUGGGAGCGGCACCAGCUGGAAGUUGUGCCGACACCGCGCAGCGGCUCCGCGACAAAGCAGCGGCUGCAGGACGGCUACGGCGUGAUGUCAGGAACGGGACCAGCCCGUACUAAGGCCAGAAUGUUCUUCGGGAAUAGCACACAGCACGGCCCGACCGCCCGCAAGUUCCUGGAGGAACACGGCUCGGGCUUCGACGUCGUGGGCUUCUGCGAGACCCACACGUCACCUGCUGCCGCCGAGCAGCAGCAACUCGACCUCCAGAAGGGCAACUGGAAUGUCGCGGUCACGCCUGGCACCCCUUCAGGUCGGCCCCUGGACGGCGUCGCAGGCGGCGAGAUGCUGGCGAUCAAGAAGACGUUGGCUGCCACCACCUUCGAAGGGCUCCGACGCGCGUGCCAGGCGGCUGGCCGGCCGCCUCCCUUCUUCGGCUUUGUCCCGAUGGUGUGGCACCUGCUGCAAGGCAACGUCCUCGUCGUGGUGGCGUAUCUGGUGCCUGGGCUUCGGUUUCGCGGAGCCAACCAGCAGCGGCUCGCCCCCUUGGCGGCCUUCCUCUCGCUCGCGAAGGACCCCUUCGUGAUCGCUGGCGACUGGAACGUUGAGCCGACCGACUGGGGCGAGACUGAAUGGCUGCAGCGGCUCGGGCAAGGGCAAGUGUACGGCUACGUGCUCGCCUCGUCGGGCUACGCCGAGCACGUCAAGGUGGUGGCGGAGCCCAACGUGCCGUGGCGCACGCACUGCGGGCUGGUCAUCGAGCUCACUUCCAGCAACCGCCGCUGGUACCACCAGGCGCCGGCGCUGCCUUCUGCGCCGCCCCUCCGCUGCCCGCCGAAGGUCGCCGCUGAUCCCAGCAGCCGCAGGCGGCGCAAGCUUGCGGCGCAGGCCAGCAAGCGCCGCGAGGCGCUGCCAGAGGAGCUGCGGGACUCCCACGACACGCUCCUUGCGGGGGCCGACGAGCCUGGCGGGCCAGCUGGGGAAGACGACCUCGGGCACGCCCCCUUCCCGCUGCCCGACUACACGGCUCCGUGGACUGGAAGGUGGCGCAGUGCUGGAGGUGGCACCUGGAGUUCUGACCAGUGCUGCGGAGACGCGCUCUCCGCGGCAACCGCCCCUGCGGCGGUGCGGCGCACGUCCAUGGAUGACGAUGUGGAUCCCAUGGGCGUGCUGGCAGACGAGGACGACGCUGGCUUCGCGGGGCCUCCUGAGCACGACCCAGUCCCUAGCAGCAGUCCGAUGACGGAGGUGAAGUCGGCCUUGCCGCUCGCCACCGAGGCUCGCGGCCGAGAUGACGGCGCGCCAGCUGACAUUGAAUACCUAGUGAGCUCCGAGACGUGGCCCAGGUGCGCCGCCGCCAUGCAGGCUUGGAAGCCAAGCAGCCAGCGGCCCGCCGACCAGGACCAUUUCCUGUUCGCGCGAGUGCCGCUCCCCACCGACCACGUCUCGCAGAUGCAUGCGCAGUGGGUCGGCAACCUUGAGGAGGCGCUGAUCCAGACGGAGCAGGGUUGGCAGACGCUGAGCACGUUGUUGGUCCGCCUCGUCGCGCUGCUGACUAACGGGUCCGACCCGCCGCAGCAGCGCGAGCGCGUCGCACGAGCUACUCCCUUGUUACGAGCUCGGGAGGGAGAGAACGACCAUCAUGUGUACUUCGGCCAGUCUUUGCAGGAGGAUGCGCAAGACUGUCGCCUUCGCGCUGGCAUUUUCUUGCAGCAGGAAAUGCCGAACUUGGAUGAUGCGCAGAGGCUGCUUGCCUGCACCGAGCAGCGGUGCCGCCGCCUCCACGGCCGCAGCCUUCACCGCGCCCGCCUUGGGCACAUCCGCUGGGCCAACGAGGCGCGGCAGCGGGGGCCAGGCAUUGUCCACCGUCAUGUCAGGGAGCCCGCGGCCGAGCAGCUGGAGACCUACGGCCUCGCCAGGGACGCCGACGGAGAUGUCGCGGCGAGGUCCAUCGCCCAACCCGACGCCAUCCUGGAGCAGAAGACCUUGCAUUGGGAGCGGGUGUGGAAGGACCCGACGUACGACGAGGCCGACCUUGUCGAGGCCCUCAACGACACUCUCCGACGCGCUGCUGACGACGGCCUGGACCCGAUCACGCCCGACCAGGUGCGCACGGCCAUGCGCCGCAUGAGUUCGGGCAAGGCGCGCGGCAUUGACAACUUGAGCCCCGCCGACCUGCAGCGCAUGCCCGAGGACGGCUUCGACGGCCUCGCCGCGCUCCUCAAUGUGCGCGAGGCUUCUGGGGUCUGGCCGUGGCAGCUAUCGGCGGUCAUUGGAGCCGCCAUCCCCAAGCGUGGUGGAGGGGACCGCAUCAUCGGCACGCUGCCGACCACCUGCAAGGUCUGGGCGAAGGUGCGAGCUGCUGCCACCGACGAGUGGAGCGACGCCCAGGCCCUGUGGUGGGACACCGCGGCGCGCGAAUCCCCCGCCCCGCGGGCCGCGGUGUGCCGCGCCUGCAUGGGCGAGUGCGACGUGGAGAAUGGGUGGUUCACCGCGACCCUCCUCCUCGACAUCAAAAAGUUUUACGACUCAGUCUCCUUCGUGCACCUGCUCGCUGUUGCUACGCAGCAGGGGUUUCCCGCGAUCGUGGCCGCGAUGGAGGUGCAGCUGUACGCAGGGCCCCGCCACUUGCGCCAGCGUGCCUGGCUUGGGCGCCGACUGCAGCCCGAGCGGUCAGUUGCGGCGGUCUCAGGCAACGGCGGAAAGCUAACCAAGGUCAUGCUAGGGCCUGUGAUUGCUCGCGCGCAUCGUGCGUGCGAGCGUGCGCAGCUGUGGACGUUCAUCGACGACGCGGUCAUCCGUUCAGUUGGCGCGAGGCAGUCAGUCAAGGCCGACAUCUACCAGGCCGCGGUUGCGCUCAAGCAGGGGCUCGACGAGGCUGGCUUCGAGGUCUCCACCAAGACUGUGCUGGCGCGCUCGCACCCCCAGCCGGGGCGGACCAUCGCUGGCGGCCUGGUGCGGCUUGGUGUGCCUGCCUCGUGCGCGGCGCACGCGGUGGACCUCGGCGUCGACACGACCUGCGGGCGCCGUCGGUGCAGGAAGCGCGCCCAGAAGCGCUUCCAGGCUGCCAAGGGUCGGCUGGGCAGGAUUCUCCGCAUGCGCAGGGAGGUCCGCAUGGCCAAGAUCACGAAGAUGCUGUGGGCGACGGGGGCGCAACCUCAGGCGACGUACGGCCGCCAGGUCGCUGGCCUCGCGCCCUCCCCGCCCCUGGCGCUGCGCCGAGGUGCCGCUGCCUCGGCUGUCGGCAAGGGCCCCGGCAGGUGCCUCACGUCGACCUUGGCGGCCUUGUAUGGGCAGCGCGACCCAGGGCUGGAGCUUCGGAGGCAGGUCGUCAGCCAGUGGUUCGAGCUCUGGCGCACCUGGCCUGAGGUCCACGGUCGGGCACGCCGCGCCUGGCCCCGCCUGCUCAAGGCCCUGUCGCAGGCAGGGCCGCAUCGCUGGCGGCGUGUCCGCGGGCCAGCUGCUGCUGUGAUCGCGGUGAUCCUGGACACCGGGUGGCGGCCCGAGUCGCCCCGGCGCUGGGCCCGCCUGACUGGGCCCAACGCGGUCGACGAGUGGAUCAUCCCUGGCCCCGACGCGGAGUGCUUCGCUGUCGCCGACGCGUCCGGGCUCCUGGACGACUUCAUGGCGGACUUCGCGAGGCAUGUGGCAGCGGGUGCGCUCGACCAGCGGGCGCAGACGGUCGUCAUCGUCAGCGGCGGCCAGCGGGCGAGGGAGCGCCAGCAGCAGGCAGGAUACGAUUCGGAGGUGACUUGCCAGCGCUGUGGCACUGAGAAGGAAACAUUAUUCCAUCGAAUUCGGAGUUGCCCGUGCAACACGGGCCAUGCAGAUUUUGACGCCAGCGAAUGCUUGACUGUGCGUGCGAGGGUGGGCUGGGAGCAAGACCCCGCCUUGUGGUUGCGGGGCGUCUGCCCCUCCGACCUCACCACGCCCGUCUUCGACGAGUGCCAGGCGGACUGGGUCGAGCACCAGGGCGAGCCGUUCGACAAUUGCAGGAUCGAGGGCGAGGAGGUGCUCGACGUUUUCGGCGACGGCUCGGGCGGCCCGCACGCAGCCGAUCCUCG